AUUUUCUUCAUUCAAUACCUUCACAAUGGUCGGCUCUGUUGAUCCUAAGAACGGAAUUUACAUCGGUGGCUGGGGUGAAUUGGGCUGCCCUACCCCCCAGCGCAUUGCCAGCUACUCUCUGUCCCCCAACAGACAGAGACCUUUGGCCGGUGCUUUCAACGCUGCCAUCUUCAACACCUUCCGCCGAUGCAGACACCAGGUCCUCUACGUCGUUCCCCCCUUCGUCGCCGCCUACGCCGCCAUGAACUGGGCUGUUGAGAGAAACCACUACUUGCAGUCCAAGCCCGGCCGUCUUGCCGAGGGUGGUGAGGAAUAAAUGUAGUUCAGGUAUUGGGUUAUAUUGGAGAAUUGGGACAUAUGGAUGGCCCGGGUUCUGAUGGAGGAGUCCUUGAUUGAUUGCACUGUACAUUAACUAGACGGCAAUCGAAAAUCUCGAGCGUUUUCACUGGUUUCAAUAUUUCCACUGGUGGAAGCUGGUAUUUACUCUGGAUAUACACUAAAUCCAGAUAUUCAGUGUAUCUCCACUACGUACUGGUAUAAUAGAGAACUCUAUAUUAUCUAAAUUGCAAUGAUUAGUUGAUCGUG